UCUAUCUCUCUCAUUCUCUUACUCUCUCUCUCUCUCUUUCUUUCUUUUUAUCUGUUAUUAACUCUCUUUUCCUUUCUUCCAUAUCUUCUCGUCACUAUUGAACUUACGCGGGUGUCACGACGUAAGAAUAUCACUCUCUCGUAUUCUUUGUUGCUUCGUCGCAUCGUCUUUCUUUUCACGUCGGACUAAUCACGACGACCGAACAAUAGUCGAUAGAAGAAACGAGCGAGCGAAGAAACGAGCAAAAUAGCAAACGAACGAGCGAGUAAGCGAACGAACGAACGAGAAAGCGAGCGAGCGAGCAAGCAAGCAAGCAAGCAACCAACCAAGCGCGCUUCUUUCGACGCCAAAGAGCGGUGACGCGUUUCCGUAACGCGCUUUUGCUAGAAAAGCGUUGUUUGCGCUCCAAGACGUGGAUUUACCUUUGCCGAUACUUUCAAGGAUCUUCAAAAGGAUGAUCCUCUCACGUUCUUCACUCAAUAUUAGAGUAUCGUAGAGGUAACUCUUUUAUUUCGUCAAAGUUUAUUUUACGUGUGAACGAAAAAUAUGACUUCGAAGUACGAAUGUAACUGUGAAGAUGAAGGAUGCAAUUCAGUCGAAAGGAACUAAUAAUAUAAAUAGUACUAAGACUAAACCAUCCUUAGAGAUUUAUCGACCACCAGGUGGAAGAACGGAAGGGACAACGGCGAACGUCACUAAUCCAAGAUUGAACGUACAUGCUAAGGAGUUCACUAUGAAACAGAACGAUUCGCAUCCAUCUAAGUCUCGGACGAAUGCUUCAGAGCGUACCCCGUAUUAUCUACAGCACAGCAAAUCGAGUGGGAACGUUCAUCGAUAUCUUUACGCUCAGCAACAACAGCAACAUCAACAGCAACUUCAUCAUCCCUUACAUCAACAGAGACAUUCUCAUGGUAGCCAUCAUUCGAGUUCGUCGAGACAAGGACAUCCUUUGGAAACGGUUGCUUCCAGCGGAAAUAUCUUACACGGUACAAAUAGAGUUCACUUCAAUGUGGACCACAAUGAAGGGAAAUCUAGCACACCGAAAGUAGGAAGACUUACGAAGUCUCUAUCAUUCGUGUCCACUUACGGUUUGAAACGUUCGAAAAGUCUGAACGCUGCCGAUGUUCUGGCUGCUAAAGCAAUUAAUAUCUCUGAUGCUUCGGAAUUAGGAAAGUUUCCGUGCCCUGUUCAAGACACCCUUUUAAGAGCCAUCGAUGAUCCAAAUCUAUUGAAUGCACGUUCGCUUAUGGAACUCGUACGACAUAUAUUAGAACGGACCGUUGAAAAUCGUCGCUAUGCAGAACCAGCGGCAAAGAUUUGCAUCACUAUCAUAGAGAAAGAAAGUAACGAGACCUUCUUGGAAUCGCUCUUGAACAUAUGUCAACAAUGGUACCAAGAUCGUGCGAGAAUACUUCGAGAUGAGUCAGGUUGUCACCGUUAUUCGGCCUUCAUGAUGUUCCUCAACGAGAUGUACUGUCAGCUGAAACGACGACAACUUCAACUGAAGACGCAACAAGAAGGAGUUCCACCGGGCCGUGUGCUUCUCACGUUACUCUGGAAAUGUUGCCAGGAUUGUUUGCAGCCUCCGGUCGUAAAUUCUCUUGCCGAGACGGAUUGUCUCUUCUUCAUUCUCACUUGCAUUGGUAAGGAUCUGGAUGUUGAAUUACCGGCACAACUUCAACAACUUCUUGGAAGUCUACGAGACGCCUUUCUUGCUGACGAGACGAUUCUUCCAUCCGUGAGGAAAACGCUUCUACAAUUAAUAGAACUACAUGCAGCUCAUUGGCAAUUACCAGCACCAGCAGUCGUAUACUAUUAUCCUGGAUCGACUUCCAAAUGAUCUUUGUUCUUUUUAUUUAUUUUUUCGGUCUAUCCAUCCAUCCAUCUAUCAAUCCAUCCAUCUAUCCAUCUAUCCAUCUAUACAUCUAUCGAUCCAUUGGUCUUCACAUUUUUUGUGUGUAUGUGUAUGUGUGUGCGUGUCUGCGAGUGUGAGUGCGUGCAUGUGUGCGUUGUCAAAGCUCGAACUCGCGUACAUGCGUUCAUUAUUUUUUUCUACUCGAUUGAAAAACUUUUCACGGAUUGAUUCUCUUUUAACGGACCAUUCAUUCUAUCUCUCUUUUUCUCAUUUCCAAUUUCUCUCUACUUUCUUUUAUAAAUCACGACAAACGUGUACGAUACAUAUACAUAUAUGCAGACAUAAAUACAUAUAUAAAUCGUGCCAUUCGUAAAAUAAUUCUGUGUUUCCUGAUAAGAGAAAAAACAAUUAAAUCCUCGCUUCGAGGAAUCGAAAGGAA